AUGUUCCAUCCACGCAAGGAGAUACCAUUUUGUUCUAUAAAAUCGCCACGUCGCAAUACUAGAUUUCAUGAAUUCAACUUAUUAUCAGACUCAAUUUCACUUGAAUAUUUUCAUCGAAAUUUCGAUUUAUAUGAUGCAAUGGAAAAACAAUAUUGCCUAAGAAGUGUUCAUUUAUCACCUGUCAACGAUUAUCUCCAUCCAAAAUAUUCUUUACCUCCAGUUAAGAUGAAUAUUGCUGAUUCCCAGGAUAACUCCUUAGAUUGUCGUUUUAGUAAGAAUGCCGUAAAAACAGGCAGAAGACAAAAUCUCAAAGUCUGGUAG